CUCCACAUGUGCCGUGUAUUAUGUAAGGCAACGCUAUCGUACAGUGUUAGUCGGUUUGAUCAUUUUAGCUAACGAACCAACUAACGCAGAUACACCGAGCCACAAAAAGAAUGUUAUUACUGGUGAUAUUCUUUGCUGGAAUCACAGCAGUCUUGAAUGAUGAUGAAAAAAUCAUGGAUGUAGGAAAAUGUAAAGAUAUUGAUGACCAAGAGCUGAUGGAUAUUGAUCCUUAUGCUGCUGCGUUCCUUUCGAAACCAAGUACGUGGGCAGUCAAGUUUACCACUAUCACCAAAGAAAGAUCAAUGGGUCUCAAUUCAAUGGUGUUCAAAGUUGAAAGGGAAGAUGAGAUAAAAACUUACCUAAAAUUCGAGUGGCAGUUAUUAGGUGGGAAAGGUGGGCCUGGUCAAAAUUCCCAGCAAGAGUUAGAGACAGAACAUUAUCUACAUUAUCUUAGGACAGCCUUAUCUUACGCAGGUCCAGAUGGUCAGGUUGCCACAAUCAAAAUGAGGUAUUAUUUCCUGAAAACGGGUACACUAAAUCUCCAGAGACAUGGAAAUCCAAAGGAAUACGAAUACGUUUACAUCUACAAAUGCACCGAAGAUGAUCGUGUUGGAAAACCUAACAUCGACGCUCGAUAUGUCAUCUUUAGCGAAGGCGAUGUAAGUACAGAAGAGGUUAAAGACGUGGCCAAGGUGGAUGAAGAUUUAAUGCAAAGAUUUGGAUUCUCCAAGAAACUGGUGUUUGUAACAUAGGCUCGUACAUAUCCCAAAGCAAAUUACUCAUAUUUUGUGUAAAAAUAUGGUUGUAAAAUAAAUAAUUGUAUGAAA